AUGAAACCUGAGCUAGAUCCUAAGGAUUCUAGUGAUGAGUUUCCAUGGCACCUUGGCGUUUUUGAUGCUCAUUGUCAUCCCACAGACGAUAUGCAUAGUACUUCUUUGAUCACUGAGAUGAAAACACGUGGGUUGACAGUCAUGGCAACUAGAGGACACGACCAGGAGCUUGUUUCCCAGCUGGCUUCUAUGUUUUCUAUUUCGAGUGCCGCAGACUUGGGAGAAUCAAGAACUGACUGCCGCAUUGUCCCAUGUUUCGGAUGGCAUCCAUGGUUCUCGCACAUGAUUUAUGAUGAUACAGAAGGCACUAUUGAUCCAGAAGCCGAAAAUUUCAAACUUAGCCACUACCAAUCGAUCCUGGUACCAAAACCAGAGGAUUACAAGUUUAUUGAUUCAUUACCGACCCCUCGUUCAUUGAGAUACUUCAUACAAGAAAUAAGAAGCUACCUUGAAACUUAUCCUGUCGCGCUCAUCGGUGAGAUUGGAUUGGAUAAGAGCUUCAGACUACCAACCCAGGCAUCCUGUGAAUCUCAAUGUGAAGGGAUAACCCCGGGAGGAAGAGAAGGUCGUCGUCUUACUCGCUAUCAUGUGCAAAUUCAUCACCAACGAGCUAUUCUGAAGGCUCAGCUACACCUGGCCGGGGAAAUGAAACGGCCUGUUUCAAUUCACAGUGUUCAAGCACAUGGUCUUGUUUAUGAUAUACUUCACGAAACCUGGAAAAAUUUUGAAAAAAAGUCCAACAAGAGAGUGAAAGCAAAAUUGAGGAAGGAUACAUGUAGAGACAUCUCUGAGACCUAUAAUACUUCAGAAGAAGACUCAAUACUCUGUCCUUAUCCUCCAAGGAUCUGCCUUCAUUCUUACUCAGGCUCAUCAGAACUAUUGAAACAGUACCUGCAUCCCUCUGUCCCAGUAAAAAUUUACUUUUCCUUUUCUUAUCUUAUCAAUUCGCUGAGUCCAAAAGUUGUAGAAGUAAUCAAGGCUAUUCCAGAAAGCCGUAUUCUAGUUGAAAGUGAUUUUCAUCGAGCUGGUGAUGAAAUGGAUGAACUAUUGGAAAAAAUAAGUCGUUUAAUAUGCGAGGUUAAAGGCUGGCCGUUGCUUGAAGGAAUAGCAAAGUUGGGUGAAAACUGGCAAAAUUUUAUUUUCUCAUAA